AUGUCAACAAAUACUCACAUCGUAUCUUGCAAUCAGUGCAACAAAAAAAUUAAUCCUAGGCAUAAUAUAGGACUGAUUUGUGAUGGAGAAUGUAAGAAACUGUUCUGUAUUCAAUGUACAGGAGUAGCUAAUGAAGUGGCCCGGGAACUCGCUACCGAUGAGGAAAAAUUUUGGCUUUGCACCUCAUGUAAGUCAAAACGUAAGACGAGAAAAUCGAUGGGCGCACAACAGAUUGAUUCAUCUUAUAAGCAAACAAUUAAGAACAAAGUAGAUGAAACUCCGGUAUCAAAAAACAUAAAUAGUAAACUGGAGCUGAUAAUAAAAAAUCAAAAUUCCCAAGGCGAAGAUUUAAACAAACUGCAAAAGGAACUUAUGGAACUCAAAAAUCUUAUCAAUGAUCUCAUUGACGAUAACUUACGUCUUAAAAAUGAAAACACCCUUCUGAAAGAAGAUAUUGAGCAACUUAAACAGAAGAGAUACAGAAAAUGUAUUGAAGUAUGCGGCGUAACUAAAACCAAUGAUGAGAACCCAAAAGCUAUUAUAAAAACCAUAUCACAGAACAUUGGAGUUGAAUUAGAAGAUAAUGACAUCGAGGAGAUUUACAGAAUGAGAAAUUCGUCUACAAAAUCAGGUGAGCCGGAAAAAAUUAUGGUUAAAUUUAACAAAGUUGAAACUAAGCUUAACAUAUUAAAAUCUGCAAAAAAAGCUAAGCUAACAAUAGAAAUAUUUGAUAAACAAAUAGAUAAUAGGAAUAAUUUUAUCUUUAUUAAUGAAAGACUUACGAAAUAUUUUAAUAGACUAUAUAAACAAGCUAGAGACUCAAAAAAAAGAAAAAUUAUUCAAUACGCAUGGGUGCGAAGUGGCAAUAUAUUUAUUAGGGUGACAGAUAAUAGUCCGAUUAUAAAGAUUCUUUCCGAGACUAGUUUAAAUGUUCAAUAA